CUGCCCCUCGUGACCUUUGGGCUCAUGGAUUUGUCACGUCAUAUAUUUUCUUUUCGAACUUCAUGAGGGGGUUUCACAUCCAUUCCUUCUAUAACUAUAGUCUCAUCCGUCGGUUUUCAUCCCAUCCGACCAGAAUGUCCCGCAACUAUGAGGCUGCAAUUGCAGCUCUCAAUUCGCUGCAGACAAACUUCGCGGUUGUCCAACAACUGAGGGAGUCGGGAGACAGAAGGCAAAUGAAUUUACGGUCUCUCCCAGAAACUGUUGAGUGGCUCCGCCGCAUUGGAUAUCAGCCUUCAGACCUGAACCGUCUUAAUCCCGUCCAUGUUGCAGGUACCAAGGGCAAGGGCUCGACCUCCGCUUUUGUCUCCUCCAUUCUAUCGCAGUACGCAUCUCCAAAAUCUUCAGAAUCAAAUGACUCUGCACCACGGCUCAAGAAGGUCGGCCUCUAUACAUCACCACACUUAAGGUUUGCUCGAGAGCGCAUUCGGAUCGAUAGUGCGCCGCUCUCUGAAGAGAAGUUUGCUCAGUAUUUCUUUGAGGUAUGGGACCGACUUGAGGACGCCGCUCGAGUUGCCGGCGAGAACCCGACAGAACUACGAACGAAGCCGCAGUAUUUCCGAUACCUAACCCUUAUGGCAUUCCAUGCUUAUUUGAGCGAAGGUGUAGAUGCGGCGGUGAUAGAGUGUGGAAUCGGCGGGGAGUACGACUGCACGAACGUACUUGAGCGGCCCGUCGCGACAGCGAUUACCAGCUUGGGUAUUGACCAUACCGCUAUGCUGGGAACAACGAUUGAAGAAAUUGCAUGGCAUAAAGGUGGCAUCAUAAAGUCUGGAGUCAAAGGCUUCAGUGCUCCUCAAGCUGCCAGUGCCGAGAAAGUUCUGCACGAUAGGGCGGCGGAAAAGGGAACUCAAUUGGAAAUUGUUGCCGGUCAUCCUGAUCUAGCUAGCGGUAGCGAUGUCAAACUUGGAUUGGCUGGCGAUUUCCAGCGCACCAACGCAGCUCUAGCGGUUGCGACGGCUGCAGAGUUCGUCAAAAAAGUCGGACUGGAAGACAUCACCGCUGAUUUCAUGAGCAAGCCUUUGCCCGCUAAAUUCCGCAAGGGGCUGGAAUUGGCUCGGCUGGGUGGACGCUGUGAAACGAGACAUGAAAAGGAUGUUACGUGGUUCAUUGACGGCGGUCAUACUCUGGAGAGUAUCAAGCUGGCCGGCCAAUGGUUCACGUCACAGAUCCACGCAAAUUCCUCAUCUAACACUACGGCAAACAAGAAGCUCCGUGUCUUGAUUUUCAAUCAGCAAACUCGCGAUAGCAAUGCCCUCGCGCAAGCCCUCUAUGACACGCUCUCUGCAGCUCUUGGGUCCGAGCAGCCUUUUACUCACGCGAUCUUCUGUACCAACGUGACCUACAAAGCGGCAGGCUACCGGCCGGAUCUCGUAAGCAUGAACACGGACUCAUCUGAAGUGGAAAAAUUGCAUGUCCAGAAUAGCCUUGCUGAGAAAUGGCGUUCGAUUGACCCAUGUGCUGAGGUCAAGGUGUAUAGUACCAUCGAAGAAGCCGUCGACUUUACCCGAGAGUUGGCAGCGAAGGAGAGGGAACGUGUUAAUAAUGAUGAAGUGCCCAUUAUGACGUUCGUUACGGGCAGCUUACAUCUUGUCGGCGGAUUCUUGGAUGUCAUCGAGACCAAACUGGGUCCGCAAUAAACAGAUACAUCCUAUUACUUCCCUAUCUUUUUACGACAGGCUGUAUACAACGUAGAGUUGGCAGCCUAGUUCUCGACAGUCUUUCAUACAGUGUUCUCAACAACAUACUCAACGAUACCCAGAAGGGCUGGUAGUCCCUUUUUCUAUUAGCAUGUGGGAUGGUAUAGAUUUGAAGAGGCGUUUAUCUCGGGAUUCAACAAACCUCAAAUUCAUAGGAACGGGAAACAAUGAAUUGAUUUAUAGAUUAUGCCUAUUCCCUAGUAGACAGGAGGCGAAUGAAGAAAAGUCCCUCCUAGUCCCGGCGUAUAGUACUGUAGUAUUGGUUCAUUGUCUUUGGCCGAGGUAAGUGAGAUCAGGCAAGGUGGUUCAAUCUCUAGUGAGUUCAUAUAGCAAUAGGAAUAGGAAUAGUAGUAGUAUACAUCAGAUGUCAACCGUAUAGGAAGAACGCAGUAG